UCCUCGAUCCCCAAGUAUUCGAGAAGGGAAAAAAGCUCUGUCGUCGUCCACAAGAACAACAAAUCUUAUUCCGUCUUCUCCAAACAUAUCAUCCGUUUUCAUCUGGGAGCCCUAAUUCUCUGGGUUUAUUAAUCCAUUUAAGACUCAUCUGUGAUUGAAAGGUUGGAUUUUUGGAAGAGACAUGGGUGGCUCGUCGGAGACAAAGAUCUUACAAGAACUUAUACUUUACGCGGCCAGCGCUGCUUUCAGCUGCUUGGUUCUGUUUGCGGGUCUUCGUCAUCUCGAUCCUAAUCGUGAAGCUUCUAAAAAAGCUCUCGAGCAUAAGAAGGAAAUCUCCAAGCGUUUGGGUCGUCCUCUGAUUCAGACCAAUCCAUACGAGGAUGUGAUAGCAUGUGAUGUGAUAAACCCGGACCACAUUGAUGUGGAGUUUGGUUCUAUCGGAGGAUUGGAGGCCAUCAAGCAUUCUUUGUAUGAGCUUGUGAUUUUGCCGUUGAAGAGACCUGAGCUUUUUGCUUAUGGGAAGCUUUUAGGGCCUCAAAAGGGUGUCUUGCUCUAUGGACCUCCUGGUACUGGAAAGACUAUGCUUGCUAAGGCUAUUGCCAAAGAAUCAGGAGCUGUUUUCAUUAAUGUUAGGGUCUCAAAUCUCAUGAGCAAGUGGUUUGGUGAUGCUCAGAAGCUUGUUGCUGCCGUGUUUAGCUUGGCGUACAAACUCCAACCAGCUAUCAUUUUUAUUGACGAGGUUGACAGCUUUCUUGGUCAGCGGCGUUCAACAGAUCAUGAAGCAAUGUCCAACAUGAAGACUGAGUUUAUGGCUCUAUGGGAUGGAUUUUCUACUGAUCCGAAUGCGAGGGUGAUGGUUCUUGCUGCAACUAACAGACCGUCAGAGCUUGAUGAAGCAAUACUGAGGCGUCUUCCUCAAUCCUUUGAAAUUGGAAUGCCUGAUCGUCGUGAGAGGGCUGAGAUAUUGAAAGUGACUCUGAAAGGAGAGAGGGUGGAACCUGAUAUUGACUAUGAUCACGUAGCUCGCUUAUGCGAAGGCUAUACCGGGUCAGACAUUUUUGAGCUCUGCAAAAAAGCAGCUUAUUUCCCUAUCAGAGAAAUACUAGAGGCAGAGAGAAAGGGGACACCAUGUUUGGACCCUAGGCCAUUAUCACAGUUGGAUUUGGAGAAGGUUCUUGCAACGUCAAAGAAGACACAAGUUGCAGCAGGCGAGUACUCGUUGAGCUCACAGUCCUCAGCUUGGAGAGGCUCAGGGGAACCAGAUGAGGUUCAGGCAGCAAUAAGUGGAAUCUCAAAGCUUCUAGUUUCACAGAUCUUUAACCUUCAGUCAGAUUCUCAGGAUUCAAAGCAGCGGAAUCCCGAAGAAGACUCCCGAUGAGAUUCCGGAUCACUUUUAUAGACGUUCUGGGGUUUUCAUUGGAAGUUUAGGAUUUGUCACAUUUCAGUUGACUCUGUUAAACUUCUUUCUUUCUUUUUUUUUGAUGGUAGGAUCAGUUGAUUACGUUUGACUGUAUUAAAAGAAAAAGGCUCUGAUCUUCUGCUUUGGCCAAUGUUCAUAAUUUGUCUAAUGUUCUCACCUUAAAUGUGUUAACUUUUUCUUCA